AGGAUUUCACCCCAGUUCAAUACAAGACUCCACCACCUCCUGAACCAGAAAAAAGUUUUCCUCCUUAUACUGGAUUUGGUUCCGAAGAGGAUUCUCUGUGCUCCUGUAUGGGUCUGCUUCCCAAGCCUCCCCAGAAAGAUUUUAAUAAAUUCAUGGAAAAAGACAGAUAUGGCAUGGAUAGUAACAUCCUGCGCUUUGGGGCAAAGCUCAUCACAGAUGAUCCUAUCGACAAGGGUCGGAAAUUCAUUAUUUCCUACUUCCUGAGUGAUGACACCAUUUCAAUUUUUGAACAUACACUGCGAAACGCAGGGAUACGUGGUGGGAAGUUCUUGGAAAGAGGUCGCAUUAAGAAGCCUGGGCAGGAACUAUUUAAGAGUGAGCCAUCUGAAUAUUACGAGGCUCAGAAUCUGUUUGUGGGAGCCAGAGUUUGUUUCCAUGGUCACAACUUUCUUCUGGUGGAUGCUGAUGAGUAUGCGCUCAACUACAUGGAGAAGCAUGCAAAUGAGUUCCCUAUGGCUGAUACUGGUGUCAUCCUCAAGAAACUGAAGGACUUGACUGAACCUCGUUCCGAAGAGAUUAGAAAGACAUUUGCUGCUUCUGACCCUGAGCAUACCAAUGUGAUUGAGUAUGACACUUUCAGAAAUUUGAUAGUCAGUAUGACUGAUGGAGCAUUAUCAGAACACGAAAUUAUGACUCUUGGACGCUACUACGGUAUGAGAGAAGAAAAACAAAUAGACCUCCAGGUCCUCCUUGCAGUGGCUCAAGAAAAACUAAAGAAAAGUAGCUUUGAAAAUUUUGGGCAACUGACUGCAGUGCUUAUUUACAACGACAGUGAAAAGUGUGGAUUGCUGCCCCAUGGGACAUGCAGGACUGUUUGCAAGUCCUUUAAGUUGCCACUGUCUGAUGAUGAUCUACAAACUUUACUGACCAGAUUUGAAGAUGACCAUAAGCAAGUGGACUAUAAAAGGUUUGUAAAUGGACUGAACUGGAGAGAGAAUCCUAUCCGUGCUUCCCAGAAGACAGAGGAUCCUCUCAAGAGAGAGGAUAACUGGAGCCAACGACCACCAUCCCCUCCUAUGAAAGGGAUCACAUACUUACCUCUGCUGGAUGAUCUGUUUGGCAAGGAAGAAUAA